AUGAAUGACUUCAAGUAUUCUGAUGAUCAAGCAAGUAGAUUAUUGUCUUUAUAUUUUCCUGGUGCCAAAAAUGGGGUCAACAAAGCUCGUUUCGUUGAGCGUUUUCUGGUUGGAGAAUGGAAAACAAACGAAGAUGCCGUUCAGAUGGUCAUUCUCUAUUUCAUCCAUACUUUUGUUUUUUCUCAACUAGGUGAUGCACCUAUAUCGGUUGAUGAUUUCAAGAUGGUAGAAGAUGAUAGUUAUGAGCAAUAUCCAUGGGGGAAAUUAGCAUAUUCAAAAUUGAUAAAAGGAAUGCGUCAGGAGUUUUCAAAUGCCAAACAAAUGUAUCGUCUAGGCGGCAUGCCAUACGCUCUGAAUGUUUGGAUAUAUGAAUGUGCAUCUCAAGUUCCCUCUGAAAUUGCUAAACCUGAAGAUUCAACAUCGGCUGCCAAGGUCAAUUUCAGAGAACCUCAUGAAGUCACUGGAUUUGAGGACUUUUCAACAACACCACCCACUGAAUUUUUAAAGAGAUCCAGGGAUGUCGCUGAGACAUCUUCUCCACCUCCUUCCAAGAGAAUGAAGACUUCCCCUGCUAAAAAGCCAAUUCAAGUAGAAACAACCAACAUGCACAAGGAUUUCUUACCACCAAAUGAAUUAGAAAAUCUUGUUUCUCCUGACAAUGAACCGGGGGCAAAGUCACCAAAGGAAUCAGAAAAGCAUGUUUCUCCUGACAAUGUACCAGGGGCGAAGUCAGCUGUUGACCGAAAGUUCAAGCGUUUGGAGAACAAAAUGGAUUCAAAUCAUAUUGAUAUUUUAAAAGCCAUCGACAGUAUGGCGAACCGAAUGACUGGCACAUCAUCUCAAGUUAAAAAAGAUGAUUUUGAUCAAUCAUUCCAUGUGGUUGAACAACAAGAAGCACCUACUGGAUUGGAGGGACCUGAACCAUCCACCAUGAUAAUUCAGGUGGACAACAUAUCGGAACAAAGCAUUUCAGCAGAUGUUCCUGAAUUAUUUGAUCAGCAAGUUUAUUCUGAUACAUUAAAGGAAGAUGAACCAUCCGUCAAGGAUGUAUCAGCACACCAAAUGGAACCACAAAGAGCAGAUACUGAUCAGCUUAUUGCUGAUUCUGAUAAUAACACUGGAAAGAAAGAUAGAAGAGUAGCUGAUGAUAAAUCUGCCAAAGUAGAAGAGCAAGUCGAGGAGAUUGAAAAAGAAAAAAUCAAACCAAGCACAUCAGAAUCCAAUACUUCAGCACCAUUUUCGAUCGAAACUCUGGAUGUGAUAGAUGCUCUAAUAUAUGGACUUCCAUUACCAGCCAUGCCAUUAACAGCUGUUAGUCAUGAGCAAGUUCAGGAUGAAUGUCUAUUAUGCGAUAGCCAGCUACCAACCACUCUUCCAUCAAAAGCUAAUGUAUUGUCUGACGAUGCAAAGACACCAUCUCGAAGAAGCAGGAUUCCUUCGAAGAUCUUACAGUCGCCGUAUCUUUCAAACUUUGGGUCAAGUGAAAAGGGAAAGGAAAAUUUGUCAGAUGUUACGCAUCAGACACACCCUUUUGAAGGUUUUGGUAUAUGCUAUCAACCCCCUUCCGAGCUUGUCACAGACUACUCUCAAUGGAUAGAUAAAGAACUUCUAAAAUCACAUGGCAACAAGAAUUCGAAGGAGGAUCAUUACAGAUCUAAGUGCUCUUUAUUCGGCUUUGAAAAAAUGGACUUUAUUGUGGCAUUUCCUAAAGAUAAGAACUGGUUCUACCUAAUGUCACAGCCGGACAGAUGCUGGAACGAUGAGAAAUCGAAGAUGCAGUUGAGCAAUCGGUAUCGAUACACAACGACAAACUGCAUUUUCAAAAAUUACAUCGAAUAUGCGCACACACACUACUAUCACCUUCCACCUAACAUUUCUACACAAGAAGAUAUGGCAAGGGCCACUAUUACAGCUCAUCAAGAGAGAUCCGUGAAGAACAUAAUAAGAGGUUUCUCAAUACCAGCCGGUUUGCCCUGGUAUUUGGUAGAUGAGGUAUACAUUCCAGUAAACUGCGACAUGGAUUUUCAUUGGGUUCUUGCGGUAGUUGUGUUGAAAGAGAGUGGUUUCUUUGAUAACAACGAACGUACUGAUUGGUCGUCUCUUGAUUCAUACAAGGACAAAUCAACCGGUAACAUGCUUGAACCACAUCACCCAUUAGCAGUUGAGUAUGUUGAAGGAAUUGCGCAACAGGGAAAUGGCAGCUUGGAUUGUGGAGUUUUCCUGGCCAUGUUUGCUGAAUAUCUUAGUGAUGGAAUUUCUAUUCCAAAUACCGGACUAAACGCUGAAUUCUUCCGUUCAAGAUAUGCCGCACUCUUAUGGAGAUAUGGUUGUCAGAAGGCCAUGGAUGGUUAUGUUAGCGAUAACGACGAUCCAAAAAAACCAAGGAGAGACAUAUCUCUAAACCAAGGAGAACUGAUUGAUGUCCAAUAA